AUGGAACCCGAAAAUUUGCGAGAUGAGUCGAAUAUGAGUCCAAUUAUUGAUGUGAAUGAGAAUUCGAUGCCCGGCUCACCGGAGACGUUGGAAAUGGAGGGACAUUUGGAGGAGAGUGCCGAACAGGUAGGAUAUUUUGAAAUUUUUAGAUUUAAGCUUAGUGUCUAAGCUUAGGACCUAAAAUUCAAUGAUACCUUACUCUAUAGUUUUCUAGCAACCCUCUUCAAAUUCCACACCUCAAGACCCAUUUAUCAUCUCGCUUUCCACGUGGCAAUGGAUAAAUAUAGAUGGUGUGAAUCUUCCCGCAAUCACAAGAAAUCAACAAGAAAAAUACGUGGCAGUGCACAUGGUGCAACUUCGUUUGCUCUCCAAAUUUCCUUCCGAAAUACCCAACGAUAUUAUGCAAAAAUACACAAUGAAAUCGACGAAAAUGACAUUAGCCGAAGCUUGGAAAUUCAACGCAAUCAAUACUUUAUUGCGGAAAUUUGAUUUGGGUUGUCAGCAAUUAUUUGAUGAAAAUGAUGAAUUGGUGAAACUGGCUGAUGUUAUGAUGUUUUAUUGGAAUGUUAAAUUGGUAGUUAUGAAAAGAAUCAGAAAACAAUAUGAGACAAUUAUUCAGACAAAUGAACAGAAUAUUUCAAUUGUCAGUGUUUUGACGAAUCUUUUGAAAACUAUUGAUGAUGAUAUUUAUGUGAGUUGUGAAAGAUCCAAGAUUUUGGGCUAAUUCUCGGAUUUAUUAUUUGAUGCGCUAAGAUUUUCCCUACAGUUUUUUUUACACCAACGUUCAAUAUUCCUAACCCCGUAAACUAAUUUUCUACCGUAGCGCUAUUGGUUACGCCACGCACAUUUUUUGUAAUUAAUUUUUUCAGCAUAUUCCACUGAAAAUCGGUGAGCUUGCGGACAAUCCAGAAGCAUCACCACAGCCGAAAUCAGAUAAAGAGGUGAGAUUAGAUGUAAAAUAUAUUCGCGUGGACUAUAAAAAUUCAAAGCAUUUCUCAAAAGAUUGAAACAGUUUCCCAAUUACCUCUCAUAUUUUUGCAGGUUGUCUCAGCUGCCCCCAAGACUACCCGUUCUCUUCCACCCUCUGAUCCUGAUCCUCUGAUCUCUUCAUUAUCCGCAUGGGAAUGGGUAAAUUUUGAUGGUUCCCGUCUUCCAGCAGUCAAACGAAAUGGUGAAAGAUAUGUGGCUGUGCAAAUGGUUCAAAUCAAGCUGCUCUCUAAAUUUCCGUCAAAUGUUCCGCAUGAAAUAAUUCAAAAAUAUACGAUGAGAUCGCAUAAAAUGACUAUGAUUGAGGCUUGUCAAUUUAAUUCCAUCAAUACUUUAUUGAGGAAAUUUGAUCUCGGAUCGCAUAUUUAUAGGUUUGUCAGAUAAGAUCUCCCGGGAUGGUUGUUUUCUUAUAUGGAAUGAUAACAAAUUGAGGGAUUUCUAUAAUACAAAAUGCAAAUAAUACGUUUCAAGAAUUUCUAAUUUUUUAAAAUUUGGAUUAAAAUAUGAUAAAGUUGUUUGUUUUCUAGUCUAAAUAUAUUUCUUAAUUUUUUGGCUGAAAUUUUAACAAAACGUCGUAAUCAUAUUAUUUUACAAAAAAGUUUAACAUUUCAAAGUUAAAUGGCCCGGCAACGGAGAUUAUGAGUACAUUUAAAAAUGUUCAAAUGUUGAUGAAUGAAACUCAAAAUGCAUUUACUUCACAAAAAAUUGAAGUUGAACGUAAAUUUCAGAAAAAUAAAAAAAACCGAAAAAAAUAAAAGAUAUAUUUGGCCGAACGUGCAUUUUGAGAUUCAUUCAUCAACAUUUGAACAUUUUUAAAUGUACUCAUAAUCUCCGUUGCCGGGCCAUUUAAUCUCAAAUGUUGAAGAAUUUGCACGGCAGGUGUUUUAAUUGGAAAAAUUCUUUUAUCAGCAAAAACUGUGAAUUCAGAAAAAUAGACCCCAGAAAUCUUGCAGAAGCUUUGAAGACACAUAGAAAUUUAGAAUUAGUUCAGAAAUCACUAAUUUCCUAAUCUCGGAUCAUCUAAAAACUUUAAUUUCUAUUUUUUUGGACCGGCCUUUCUUAUUUAAACCUACUAAUUUCCAGCUCUUCUGAUGAUCUAGUUACGCUGAAUGAUGUCCAAAAAUUCUAUUGGAAUGUCAGAUUAAUAAAUCUAAUGAGAAUCGAAAAAUUAUAUGGAAAAUUGAUGGAGUUACGAGAACAUCAGACAAAUAUUCCACUUUUGGCAACAAUGUCGAACUUGAAAAAUUAUAUUGGAAAUGAUGUGGAAAAUGUGAAAGCGUUUCUGGCGGAAUUAGACACGAAAUGUAAGGUUUUGGGAAAAGAGUGGGAGUUUAUGAACUUAUGAAUUUAUAUAUUUUUUGAUUCUCAGAUCCAAAAUUGGACGAAUUGCCUACAAAAAAUCACGGAUGGUAA